AUGAGUAGUGGUCAAAGUGAUUAUAUUCAAAAAGGUAUUCGAAGUGCUGAGCAAGCGACAGAGGAAGAUAAGGCACAUAAUUAUGAAGCUGCGGCAAAACAUUAUAUGACAGCAGCAGAAUGGCUUAUGCAAGCAAGAAAAUAUGGAUCGAUGAACGCACAGAUGAAACAAACAAUUCUGGCUAAAAUAGAAAGUUAUGUAAAGCGAGCAGAAGAAAUCAAAGAAAUUCUAAAGAAAGGCCCGACGAAAAAGAAAGCUGUUGCUGAUACAUCUAACGGACGCGGAAAUUCGAAAGACAACAAAGGUGAUGAUGAUGACAAUGCAGAUCCAGAUAGAAGACGCAUGAUGCAAAAGUUCGAAGGAGCUAUUGUUACCGAUCCUAACGUUACUUUUGCUGAUGUCGUUGGAUUAGAACAAGCAAAAGAAGCAUUGAAAGAAGCUGUUAUCUUACCAGUUAAAUUUCCUCAACUUUUUCAAGGAAAACGCAAGCCGUGGGCUGGUAUUUUACUAUACGGACCGCCUGGUACUGGAAAGUCCUAUCUCGCUAAAGCAAUUGCUACCGAAUGCAAAAGCACUUUUAUCUCAGUCAGCUCAUCUGAUCUUCUCUCGAAGUGGCUAGGAGAAAGUGAAAAGGGUGUGAAAUGUUUGUUUGAACUAGCUCGCGAACGACAACCAUGUAUUGUAUUCAUCGAUGAAAUCGAUGCACUUUGUGGACAACGUAACGACACUGAAUCCGAAUCGUCAAGACGCGUUAAAACUGAAUUUCUUGUACAAAUGCAAGGCGUGGGAACGGAUAAUUCUGGCGUUCUUGUUCUUGCUGCUACUAACAUUCCCUGGGCGUUAGAUACAGCUAUUCGACGACGUUUUGAGAAGAGAAUCUAUAUUCCACUUCCUGGAGUCAAUGAACGUGCUGCCAUGUUCAAAACACACUUAGGCGUCAAUACAUAUCAUACCAUCAAGGAACACGAAUGGAUGCAGUUAGCACAACGUGCUGAGCACUAUUCUGGUGCUGAUAUAGCAGUUGUUUGUCGUGAAGCGUUACUAAGACCUAUACGACGUCUAGGCAGUGCCACCCAUUUCAAACAAGUACCUAAUCCGAAACCUGACGGACCUCGAUUGCUUUGGCUAGCUUGUUCACCGGGUGAUCAAGGUGCUGUAGGAAAAACAUUAGACGAAAUUUCAUCAGAAGAACUAUGCGAACCUCCUGUAUCUAUGAGUGAUAUGGCAGCAGCACUUGCUACGCAAAAGCCAACAGUAGGCGAAGAUGAUUUAAAACUGCAGCAAAAGUUCACACAAGAAUUCGGUCAAGAAGGCUCUUAA